AUGCGUCUCGACACAACAUCAACCACCCCCCUCCUAACCCUCCUCAGCCUCAUCACCCUCCUCCCCUCUCCCACCCUCGCCGCCCGUCCCAAAGACGCCAUCCUCCUUUCCGAGGUCCAAACCCUAACCCUCCGCGCCCCCCACCUCACAACCUCCCGCCGCCUCCCCCCAAUCCCCCAACUCAAAUGCCUCUCCGCCCCCCCCCUCUGCAAGCACGCCUCGAUCCUUACCCUCCGCUGCGUAAACCAAGGCUCAAGCUACACCUCGCAAGACAUCGAAUGGGCCUGCACAGCGCCCAGUCUGCCGACCACAGUGCGCCUGGACAGGACAGAUGUGAUCUGUGAAGGGUAUGAGAGCGCUGAUGAUGCGUACGUGUUGAGGGGGAGUUGUGGGGUGGAGUAUACUUUGGCUCUGACGGAGGAGGGGAGGAGGAGGAUGCCGGAGUUGGAUCCGGGUCGGAACGGGAAAGGCAGGAAGGGGGGUGGUGGACAAGAGGGAGAGGAGAAUGAUUGGGCGGGGUAUUUGUUCGGGGUGUUGUUUGUGGGCGUGUUGGUGUGGAUUUUGUAUAAUGCUUGUUUGCGGGCGGGGGAGAAUAAUAACCGUGCUGGAAGGGGACGAGGUGGGAAUACUGACCACCGACGCGGGCCUGGUGGUGGUGGAGGAGGAGGUGGAGGAUGGGGACCAGGCUGGGGACCUGGGAACGGAGGAAACGGAGGAGGAGGACAAGACUUCAACGACCCGCCACCUCCCUACCCCGGCACCGGCACCAACUACGGCACCAACAAACCCUCGUCUUCCUCCGACCAACAGCAGCAACAACAAGGCUGGCGCCCCGGUUUCUGGUCCGGACUCGCAGGCGGUACAGCAGCGGGCUACCUCGCCGGCAACCGUAACAACCGUAACCAGCAGCAACAGCGGUGGUUUAAUAACAACGACCGUUACAACACCGGGGGACGUCCGGGCUGGGGGUCGUCGAAUCGGGGUUCUUCGGGCUGGGGCGGCUCAAACUGGAACUCCAACUCCGGCUGGGGCGGCGGCUCCUCCUCGAAUUCGAAUUCUGGCUCGGGCUGGGGCGGCCGAAGUGGAGGAGGAAGCGGACGGUCGUCGAGUUCGGACUCGGUUGGGCAGCAUGAGAGCACGGGGUACGGCUCCACUAGCCGGCGCUGA